AUGACAAGAAAAGAAGACGUGGUUGUGUUUAGUUACUACGACUGUAUCAUUAGAGAAUCUGAUUUGAAAAUUCUCCAAAGCAAUGGAUGGCUGAAUGAUGCAAUCAUAAGUUUUUAUUUUGUUUAUUUGGAACAAGAACUAUUCAGAAACCACAAUGAGUUGCUUUUCAUAGGACCGGAGGUCACCCAAUGUCUCAAAGAAAGCCCCUCAAGUGAAAUUCCAAUCUUCCUAGACCCCUUGGAGGCUCAGCACAAAGAUUUUAUUUUUAUGGCUGUGAAUGACUCUGGAAAAUCGGCUGGUGGCUCUCAUUGGAGUUUGUUGGUCUACAAUCGCCUUGAAAACAAGUUCUAUCAUCUCGAUUCAUCCUCACACACGAACUACCAACCAGCUUUGAAGCUAGCUCGCAAUGUAGGUAAUUACUUUAGCCCUUCCUCUGAGGUUAAUUUGGAAGAGAUGACAUCUCUUCAACAAGAUAACUCCUAUGAUUGUGGAAUCUACUUGAUCUGCAAUCUAGAAAACCUAGCACAUCAUGUUACUACCCAUGGACAUUUGGAACAAGUCCCAUUCAUAAAGAAAGAUAUUGUUGUUAACAUGCGUAAUGAACUCCUAGAAAUCAUUUCAGAACAAGUGGAAAAGAGCAAAAAUCAGGAUUAA